CCCGCAUCUUGGAUAAUCUCGGUAGCCACACUUUUUUCAUCGUCUAAGGGGUAAAACUCACCUUUUCUUAACUCUCGAAACAUUGGACACAUAAUGUCCACAUCCCUCAGCAAACUUGCUGCUCAAUUCCCCUGGGCCGCUGUUCCGCUAAUAGUCAGCGCCCCGAUGCGGGUCAUGGCAGGCCCCAAGCUCGCUGUUGCAGCCUCCACGGCCGGAGGGCUAGGCUUCAUCGGCCCGGGCGUCAAAACAGCAAACAUGCUAAGCGACCUUGAAGAAGCCUCGACGCUGAUCAAGAAUUCAAGGCUCGCCUCGCUAGGACCAACCCUAAAGACUUUGCCCGUUGGUGUUGGUUUCCAGGUUUGGAGCGACGAUCUGGACACCGCGACGCAUGCAGUCAGAGAGUUCAAGCCCUGCGUUGUGUGGCUGUUCGCUCCGAAGGAAUUCACAGACUUAACCAUCUGGUCGAACACGCUGCGGGAUGUAUCGCCCAACUCGCAGAUCUGGAUCCAGGUUGGGACAUUGAGCGAGGUCAAACGUCUCCUUACCAUGGGGACAAGCACAAGCACACGCGAUGGGCCAGACGCCAUUGUCGUGCAAGGCAGCGAGGCCGGCGGGCAUGGCCGGGCAAGUGACGGCCUCGGUCUGGUUUCGUUGCUCCCUGAGGCAGCCGAUGCAGUGGCCGCAAGCCAGACACCAGAAAUCCCGCUCCUGGCGGCCGGGGGCAUUGCAGAUACCCGGGGCGCAUCUGCCGCGCUCUGUCUGGGUGCAUCUGGGAUCGUGCUGGGGACAAGAUUUCUCGCUGCUACCGAAGCGCGCAUCAGUUCUGGCUACCAACAUGAGAUUCUGCGCGCUGACGAUGGCGCUGUCAGCACCACGCGGACGCUGCUGUAUAAUCAUCUGCGUGGGAUCACCACGUGGCCGGAGGAAUAUAGUCCGCGGACGAUCAUCAAUCAAUCGUUUGUUGAGUAUCGGGCUGGCACGGCCUUUGAGGAAUUGAAGAAGCGCCACGACGAGCAUUUGCAGUUGGGGGAUGCCGGAUGGGGGCCCAAUGGGAGGCUGGCGACGUAUGCUGGGGCAUCAGUUGGGUUGAUUCAUGAAGUUAAGGAUGCAGGAGACAUUGUGAGAGAUCAGGGAGGGCGUGAAGAAGAUGGUUCGGUUUACAGAUUAGGCGAAACUUGGUGUUUAAGGGCGUUAUACUGGCGCAAUAACCUGCCAGCAUUUUGUUCUCCUUACUGA